CCAUGCUGUGUGUGUGACCGUAAUAAGCUCGAACCAACCAACCCCUUUUCUCCCUCUCUCUCUCUCUCUCUCUCUCGCUCUGUCUGCGCUCCUGAAUCUCUGAUCAGAGCCCUAAUUUCUUCAAGUGAUAAAAAAGGAAGAUGUCUGAGGGGAUUACGGCCGAGAAACUCUUGGGCACCAUAAUGGACACAUUUACAGAUAGUGUCCCAAAGCAGAAGUCUCUGUCAUUUUUUGAGGAAGAUAAAUCAAAUUCAGUCUCUGCUCAGAUGAAUAGGCUACUUGGACGCCAGAAAACUAUUCAUAAUAUUUUGGGGGGUGGAAAGUCUGCUGAUGUUUUGUUAUGGAGGAACAAGAAGAUAUCUGGGAGUGUCUUGACUGGUGCAACUGCAAUCUGGGUGCUCUUUGAAUGGCUUAAUUACCAUUUUCUUUCUUUGGUGUUCUUUGCCCUUGUUAUUGGCAUGGUUGCUCAGUUUGUAUGGUCUAAUGCUUCCGGUAUAUUGAACAGGUCCCCAUCUAAAGUGCCCCGUUUUGUUGUGCCUGAGGAGAUUUUUGCCAAUAUUGGCGCUGAAAUUGGUGCUGAAAUCAAUCGUUGCCUAAGAUUUCUUCAGGAUGUUGCAUGUGGAGGCAGCUUGAAGCAAUUUGUCAUGGUUGUGUUUGUCCUGUUUGUUGCUGCUAUUAUCGGAAGCUGGUGCAAUUUUCUGACUGUUUUUUAUGUUGGAUUUGUUGCUGCUCAUACUUUGCCGGUCCUGUACGAAAGGUACGAAGAUCAAGUGGACAACUUUGUUUAUAAUCUGUUUGGACAGCUUCAGAACCAGUACAGUAAGCUUGAUGCUGGCGUACUCAGCAAAAUUCCAAAGGGAAAUCUCAAGGGAAAGAAGUCCGAAUGACUAAAAAGUUCCUAUCCCA